AAGUCUGAAGCCAAAGACAGAAAUGAGCAACAGCUAAUCAGCAGAGAUCUUGUGCUAGUACUAUACAUCACUUUCGCCGCCCACGUCCCAUGCACAUCAGCCAUCGCCAGAGUAGAAGCAUUCAAGGACAGGCGGAUGGAUGGAUAGAUAAGAUAGGUAGAUAGAUAGAUCGGUUGCCGGUUGGGUAGGCCGUAGCUAGCUGGCCGGCCGCUUGAAACGGGGGCUUCCGUGGCGAAUCCCGGCUGCCUUGGUGCCUUGGUGUCUUGGGUUGUAAGGGAAGGUGACAUGACCCGCCGCCUAUUCCUCCACCUUCCGCACCAACAACCGUGAAGGUCCCACAGGAGCGCCCGCACGCCCAAGGCUGCCUCUGACGGGCCAGGUACGCACAUCUUUUGGGUUUUCAGUGCAGUGGUGCGCCGUCGCUGGCUGCGGGUUUGGUUGAAGGACGGGGAGGCCACUCGAUCUCAGCUCGUUUAUCCUCUCCGCUCCGUCCGUGGUAUGCUCGUCCGGUUGCUGACCGGGGGCGAGCGGGAUGACGCUCUGCCUCGUCCUGUAGCUUGACUUUUAUUACCGCGCUCGGCCAAAUCCGCCGAGCUCAUCAAUUCCGGGGGAUUUGCGUCCAUUCCGUUCUCGCGGUAUUUCAAUUUCAGUUAUUACUGUUUCAUUCAUUUCAUUCCGCUGCCUUGGUCUGUCCGACGUUAGAGCCUUCCAUCUUUGCUCCCGGUCGAUCAAUGCUCGCUGAAUCUGGAUGCGCCCUGCAGACGAUGGCGUCCUCUGCUGGUGAUGGUAAGGAGGUGGCCACGCUCGAGUCCGGCCACGCGUCGUCGUCGUCCUCCUCCUCCUCCUCGUCGCCGGCCGCUGCUGCCAAGAUGACGGCGGUGGCGAGGAAGCAGCGCCCCUUCACCUGGACAGGCCCUGCCAUUGUUCUGGGCUUCGAGUUGCUGGAGAGCAUCGCUUUCUCCGGCGUUGCGCUGAACCUGGUCAUCUACCUGGGCACCGUGCUCCAUGGCGCCACCGCCUUCAACGCCGCCCACGUCGACACCUGGAACGGGACCACCUUCAUCGUGCCCGUCAUCGGCGCCUUCCUCGCCGACAGCUGCUGGGGCAAGUACAACACCAUCGUCGCCUCGCUCCUCUUCUACCUCGCUGGCCUCGUGCUGCUCACCCUGUCCGCGGCGAUCUCGCCCUUCCGGCCGUCGUCGUGCGAGGGGCUCUCGUGUCCGCCGGCCUCACGGACCCAGUUCUCCGUCUUCUUCGCUGCGCUGUACCUGACCUCCAUCGGCACGGGGGGCGUCAAGUCGGCGCUCCUCCCGUUCGGGGCGGAGCAGUACGACGACAGCAGCCCGGAGGAGAGUCGGAGGAAGCAGUCCUUCUUCACCUGGUUCUUCGGCGCCAUCAACCUCGGAAUCUUCGUCGCCGGGACGCUCGUGUCGUGGCUGCAGCAGAACGUGUCCUGGGCGCUCGGCUUCGGCGUCUCCGCGCUCUGCCUGCUCCUGGCGGCCGCGGGCUUCCUGGCCGGCACGCCCUGGUACAGGGUGCAGCUCCCCGCCGGUAGCCCGCUCAGGGACAUCCUCAGGGUGGUGGUGGCGUCCGUGAAGAAGAGGAAGGCCAGGCUGCCCGCAGCCGCGGAUCGCGGUGACCUUGACCUUCACGAGGUGGCGGAAGACGACGACCUGCAGAAGCUGGCGCACACCAAAGGGCUCAGGUGUCUGGACAAGGCCGCGGCGAAGAGCGGCGGCGACGGCCACGAAGGCCCGUGGAGUCUGUGCACGGUGAGCGAGGUGGAGGCCGUCAAGAUCCUGGCGCGCAUGGUGCCCAUCUGGGUGACGUGCGUGCUGUACGCCGCGUCGCUUGGGCAGAUGACCACCACCUUCAUCCAGCAGGGGAUGACCAUGGACAACAGGCUGGUCGGGAGGGUGAAGGUGCCGGUGGCGUCGAUGGUGUCGAUCGAGGUGGUGUUCAUGCUCGUGUGGGUGCUUCUGCACGACGCCGUCAUCAUGCCGCUCGCCCGGAGGUGGGGCCGAGCCGGGAGCGCCGGGCUGUCUCAGCUGCAGCGGAUGGGCGUGGGGAGGGUCCUGGUGGUCUUGGCGAUGGCGACGGCGGCGCUGGUGGAGAGCCGGCGGCUGCGCGUCGCCGGCGCGGGCAUGAAGAUGGGCAUCGCGUGGCAGGUGCCGCAGUUCGUGCUGGUGGCCGGGUCGGACGUGUUCUGCGGGAUCGCGCAGCUCGAGUUCUUCUACGGCGAGGCGCCGGCGUCGAUGCGCAGCAUCUGCUCCGCCUUCUCCUUCCUCGCGCUGUCGCUGGGAUUCUACGUCAACUCGGUGGUGGUGACGGCGGUGGCGGCGUUGAGGCCCGGGUGGCUGGCGCCAAACCUCAACGAGGGGCACCUCGACUACUACUUCUGGCUGUGGGCCGUCAUCAGCGCCGGCAACCUGCUGCUCUACCUGCUGCUUGCCGCCCGGUACACGCCCAAACAAGUCCUCCGCCACUAGCCGCCGCCGCCGCCGCCGCCGCCGCCGAGUUAGCUAAUGGAGCACCGUACUAUGAGGAGGAAUGUUGACGUAACUUGGCCGCAUUACGCGCCAUAGAAGUCUCGCUGAAUAUAACUCUUGUUUUGUACUACAUGCUCAGAGAGUGUGGUUAACAAGCUGGGAGAUGUGAAAGCCGUUUUUUUUUUUUUAGCAAUGGAUGAAUAAUUUUCAGUUCUU